AAUUGUGUCAAUGUUACAGAGUUUAGAUAAAAAAUUCGUCAGAGUGUAAUAAAUUAAUAUAUAUAUCAAUAUUUAAAUUUUACGUAGGUAUAACACUAUACACUUUAGUGAAUUUCCAACAUUUGUUAUAAAAUAAAAUUCAAUAAAAUUCAUCAUGACGUCUUGGAUACCAAUGGAAUCGAAUCCAGAAGUUAUGACAAAGUUUUUACACAAAUUAGGUGUACCAAAAGAUUGGUGUAUUGUUGAUGUUUAUGGAUUGGAACCUGAUCUAUUGGCUCUUGUACCUAAACCAGUUCUUGCUGUUAUUUUAUUAUAUCCUUUAUCCAAAAAGGGCGAUAAUAGUUUAGAAGAUGAAGAGGAAGCUGACAAAAUGAAAGAUGCAAAUAAUUUUAAAGAUGCAGAAGUUUUUCAUAUGAAACAAUACAUUCAUAAUGCCUGUGGUACAAUUGCAUUAAUUCAUAGUGUUGCAAAUAAUCAAAAUAUCAUAAAUCUUCAAGAUGGUUUUUUAAAAUCUUUCUUAGAUGAUGCAAAAAAUCUUUCUUUUACGGAAUGUGGAAAACAUUUAAUGGAAUCGCAUGGUAUUAGUACUACUCAUAAAGAUGUUGCACAAGAAGGACAAACAGAGGUUCCAAGUGAAGAAGAACCAGUUUAUCAUCAUUUUGUAGCAUUCAUACAAAAGAAUGGAGUUUUAUAUGAAUUAGAUGGUCGUAAAUCUGCUCCUAUUAAUCAUGGUACAACUAGUCCGGAAACAUUAUUAGAAGAUGCAGCGCGUGUUUGUAAAGAAUAUAUGGCUCGUGAUCCAGAAGAGGUGUGUUUUACAGUUCUUGCUUUCACUAACAGUGAUGCAUCAACAUUAUAAUUGAAGAUGUAGAAUAUAUACUUGAGGAUAACUGUUUAAAUAAUUUAUUUCAUACAUUAUAUACAUACAUCUGCUUUGUAUCGCAUUUAUUAACAUUUGCUAUUGUAAAAUGAAUAUUUGCAAAAAAUAUAUGUAUAAAAUGCAAAACAAAAUAUGAA